UCAUUUUCCGUCAGAGAUUAAGUUUAGUCAUGAUAUCAUGUGUACAGUUUGGUGCAAAAUACUCAUCUGUCAGACUUAAAUAUCCUGCCCUGGAAGAGUUUCAGAAGAAACUUUAAGAAUUAGUGGGUUAAACCCCCGAUCAAUUUAAGUUGAUAUUUAACAGUUUACCGAGCAACUGCCAAUUUUUCACUCUUGGGGACUCAGCCAUUCACAGUACAGUACUUUCUCCUUUUUUUGGGGCCAGCAAGAACAGAUUUUCCCCCAAAAAAUUAAAAGGUCAAUUUUCGGUUAAUCUCGGCCCCAUUAGAAAAGGGUCAACUGAGAACAAAACAAUACAAUAAAACAAAGUAACGUUAUCAGGACAUGGACAUCUGCCUGACACUCCUGUUUAUCUGUCUCUGCAGCCGAGGGGUCACUAAUGCUGAAGCAGCAGAUGAUGACUCAGUACCUGUUGUGCCUCUCAUUCCUCUGAUAAACAGUAACAUUACAGAGACAGAUGAAAUCAGAGGAAUGAUAGAACCGGGACCUUCCAUCGUGGAAACGACGGUUGGAAGUAUCUCCGGUGGAUCUGCAUCAGAUGAGGACGACAUGGAAGGCUGCGGUUCUAUCAGUCAAAGCCAAGAGUCCCUGCAGGCCAUCACUGCUGCCAUUCAGAAACUGGGAGUACAGCUGCUACAAAACCUGGAGAUAACGCCAGAUCAGCCAAAUCUUAUUAUAUCUCCUUUAAGCAUAUCCCUGGCUCUUUCUCAGUUGGCUUUAGGCGCAGAAAAUGAGACUGAAGAGCUACUAAUGCAUCACCUCCAUGAAAACUCUGUCCCCUGCUACCACCAGUCUCUGCACAAUGUCUUACUGCAACUUAGAAACAGGGACUUGCAGAUUGCAACUGGCAUAUUUUUGGGCCAAGGGUUUGAAGCAAAGCAAGAGUUUGUCAGUGAGUCCAAGCAGCUCUACCACUCAGAACCAGCAAUGCUGGAGAACCUGCAGCAGAUCAAUGACUGGGUGGAGAACGCAACACAAGGAAAAAUGUCGGACUUCUUGUCGUCUUUGCCGUCCAAUCUGCUUCUUAUGCUCAUUAAUGCUGUCCAUUUUAAAGGGGAAUGGAAAGCUCGUUUUGAUCCUCGCUUUACCACCAGAGGCGUGUUCCACCUUGAUGACAUGCACAUGGUGGAUGUUGAAGUGAUGGAAGAUGCAAAGCAUCCUUUGAGUUCAUUUACUGACCAUGACCUGGGGGCUCAAGUAGCAAAGUUUCCAUUCAUGAAGUUGAUGAGCUUGCUGGUGGUGAUGCCUCUGUCCGGCCAAGUUAACGUGUCCUCACUUUCUGCUAAGCUAAAUAUCUCGGAUCUAUAUGACCGUCUUCCAAAAGAAAGGGCUGUUCAAGUCAAAGUUCCUAAAUUUAAAUUGGAAUAUUCUCAAGAGUUGCAGGAGGUUCUCACCAGACUGGGCCUUGGAGAAAUGUUUCAAAAUCCCAACUUGGCUGACAUUGCUGACGGCCCCCUGCUUGUGUCCAGUGUGAAACACAAGUCCAUCAUGGAAAUAAACGAGGAGGGAGCAGAAGCUGCUGCAUCCACCUCUGUGGUCAUCUCAAGAGCAUCUAAUCCAGUUUUUCACCUGAGUCAACCUUUCUUCUUUGUGCUGAUCGAUGACAUGACUCUAAUACCAAUCUUCAUGGGGGUGAUCAACAAUCCCAACCCUGGAGGCCCCAUUCUUCAGAGAGGAGAAUUUGGAAACAGAGAUAAAGCAGGAUUCCCAAAUGACAAGAAUUCCAUGGCUGAUUUUGAACGUUCUCCAAAGUAGGAACUCUUCCAGGAAAACUUACAACAAUCUAUGAGACAUACUGGAUAAAAAAUAUGUACGUGAAAGUGAACAAUGUUUUUCUUGUCUUUUUCAUUACAAAAUAAAAGUAUUGAGGAGCCCUAAAUUCUCUUUAAAACU